AUGGUGGAUCAGGUCAGUCCAUUUCAGCACAGUUCCAAAAACUAUGGUGGAUGCCUAACAAGGCCAGCUCAGUACAUCUGUCUGCACACAGAAGGGCGCGUAGCCAUUCAACACCAAUGAAUAAUGAAUGAAUGACACAUUAGUCAUUCCCUGUACUCCAUCUGCCUUGAUAAAACAUCAUUAUAUAAUGCUUUCAUUAUUCUAUUUUUUUUUCAGAUCCAUUUUCCAAUGAUCUGAUCACACUGAAGGAGGUAUGUGCAGAAAUACAGUAAUAAUAACAUGAUGUAUAUAUUAUAAUAAUGUUAUAAUGGUCAUUGUCCUGUCUCUGGGUGUCUCUGGGUCUCCUCCACACAGACACAGCAGAUGCUUAAAAGCAGUGACACCGUGUCCAACAAGGGAGAGAAUUCUCCCGUCCCUGUCCCCCCUCCCUCCUCUACCACAGUACCUGAUGUGUCCCCUACCCUGGCCCCUGCUGCCACUAGUCCCACCCUCACAGCACCUAUAGGGGGCAGUGUGACGGCCAAGGGCCCCUCUGUCUCUGUGGAAGGGAAGGAGAAAGGCUCCAAUGUCCCAGCAGGUAAUAGGGACGUUUUAGCAGCUGCUGGGGGAGGGACAGCAGCCAGGGAGGAGUACGGAUACAUCGUCACCAACCAGAGGUCAGUCCUGGUAACUUACUGCGUGGAUCUCUUAUACACACACUCAAGUUAGGAUUCAGACCUUAGUCUCUAAUACCGGAUUUAAAGUUAGGAUUCAGACCUUAGUCCCUAAUAUCGGAUGUAAAGUUAGGAUUCAGACCUUAGUUCCUAAUACCGGCUGUAAAGUUAGGAUUCAGACCUUAGUCCCUGAUACCGGAUGUAAAGUUAGGAUUCAGACCUUAGUCCCUAUACCGGAUGUAAAGUUAGGAUUCAGACCUUAGUCCCUGAUACCGGAUGUAAAGUUAGGAUUCAGACCUUAGUCCCUGAUACCGGAUGUAAAGUUAGGAUUAGACCUUAGUCCCUAAUACUGGAUUUAAAGUUAGGAUUCAGACCUUAGUCCUAUAUUCCGGAUUGUUAAAGUUGGAUUUCAGACCUUAGUUGCCCGGAAUAUUUGAUUUUUUUAGUAUUUUUAAAGUUAGGAUUCAGACAUAGUCCUAAUACCGGCUGUUUGGUAAUGUGUUUGUGUGUUUUGGUUUAAGUUGAUUUGUGUGUACAGUUAGUUUUAGGAUUCAGACCUUAUAGUCCUGAUACCGGAUUGUUAAAGUGUAGGGAUUCAGACCUUAGUCCCUGAUUGCCUGAUUACCGGAUUUAUGUUUUUGUAAUUUUUUUUUUUGUAAAGUUAGAUUCAGACCUAGUCCAAUACUGGAUUUUAAAGUUAGGACUUUCAGAUCCUCAGUCCCUAAUACCGGUGUAAGUUAGGGAUUCAGACUUAGUCUCUAAUACGGAUUUAAUAGUUUAGGAUUUCUAGACAUUAGUCUCCUAAUACUGGAUUUUUGAAAGUUAGGAUUCAGACCUCAGUCCCAAUACCGCUGUAAGAGUUAGGAUUUAAGACAUCAGUCCCUAAUCCCGCUGUAAAUGUUAGGAUUCGACUUAGUCUCCCUAAUAUUGGUUCAAAGUUAGUUCAGACCUAUAGUCCCUUGUACCGGAUAUUUUGUGUAAAGUUAGGUGAGUCAUGACCUUAGUUUAAUUACCGGCUGUGUUAUUUUUGUGCGUAAAAUGGGCUAGGAUUCAUGAACCAUAGGCUCUUAAUUACCGGUGCUUGUGUGUAGUGUUGUGGUGUUGAAAGUGAGGAUUUAGACCUUUAGUUCCUAAUACCGGCUUGGCUGUUUACUUUAAAGGUGGAUUUACAGACCAUAGUCUUAACAUAGUCUUCGCUACUAAUAAUGGCUUUUGUUUGUAAAUGUGAGGGAAUUGGAUUUCUUCAUUUUCAUUUCAAACCUUAGUCCAUUAAAUACUGGGUCUGUAGGAAUUGAGGAGAUCAAUUUGUAGAUUUGGCUUUUGUUACUACAUCUAAAUGUGAUAUUUGUACUGCCAUAAUGUCAAUUAUAUCAGUUAGCUCUGCAGUGAUGGAUCUUUUGGUGCGAGGAAUUCUUUUACUGCUUUUCUUAUAAGUAUGUUGAGUUGUUAUUAGACUCCAAGUGGUUCCAAAGGGGCCUAUGGUUGUUAUGUGGUGUGUUUGCUGUUUGGUUGAGGAUCGUUCAAGGUACUUUCCUUAAUUCUCCUUCUUAAUUGCACUUGUCGUUUGUUGUGUUGUUGUUGUUGUUGUUUGUUUGUUUGUGGUUGUGUUUGUGUUGUGGUGUUGUUUUUGUUGAUUGUGUAGUAUGUUUUGUGGUUCUGUUGCUUGUCCAUGUCCUGUCUCCAGUCUGUGUUUAUUGUAUGUAUGGGAGUUGAUAUGAGUGAAUGAAGUGAUGAUAUGACAAAGGGUAGUGAUGAUUGAGAGUGAGAUGAUGAGUGAUUUGAUUGUUUGAUUUGUGAUGUUGAUGAUGAUGGUUUGAAGUGAUGAUGAUUGGAUGGAAAUGGUGAUUGAAGUGAUUGAUGCACAACUUGAUGAAAUUUGAGUGAUGUAAACGUGAAUGAAAAAAUGUAUUGAUGAGUGGUGAAGUUGAUUAGUGAUGAGCUGAAAACUGGAUGAUCAGUGAUGAUGAAACUUGUGUCAGUGAUUUGAUGACGUUCGUUUGAUGAAGAGUGAUUAGUUGAGUGAUUGAUUGACAUACUGGAUGAUCUACUGGGAAGGGAAGUGAAGGAUAAGCAGAUGCGAGAGAAUAUCAAAAUGGCAUGGUAUUAAUACCAGAGAAAGAUCCUUCAGUCAACAUCAUGGUUAGGGGGUUUCUGGUUAUACCUGUACUUGUUCUUAUCCGUGUGGUUUGGUUUGUGGUGGUGGGGUGUGGAGAGGGUGGUCCGUUGAUGGGGGGUUAUUGUGAGUGUCUGUCUGUUUGUGGAUUGGUGGGUGUGGGGGGGGGUUGUUGGUGGGAUGCGGUGAGUGUGGUGUGGUAUGGGGAGAGGGUGGGUGGUUGGGCGGUGGGUUUGGGGGUGAAGUUUGUCGAGCUGGGGGGUUGGCGUAUGGUGAUGACUGGAUGGGUGUGUAUGGGGUGGAGAGUUGGGUGGCUUGGUGGUGGUGUGGUUGGGAGUUGUGGUGUGGAAUAUGGGUGGGUGUUGGAAGAGUGCGUUUUCGUUUGGACCGUGGGCUGUUUGUUGCGUCGGGUGGUGCGAGUCGCGUGUUGCAGUUUUUUGCCGGUUUGACUUGUGUGUGUUUGUUGAAGUGCUGAGGGUGUCAAGCGCGCUAAUCGUAUUAAGCGCGCCAUUUGUGUUUUGUAUGUUAUCGUGUCUGCCUUAGUGACCUGUGGGGGUGACGUCUAAGGUUAAUUAAGGUAAAUAUUUGGUAAAUAAGUCGAUUUAAUAUAACUAUAUUCUCUACUUCGUAUGUCUGCUCCAGUGUGUGUGGUGUUCUUGUCCGGCCCCUUUCUUCUCUCCCUCUUGACGUUCUCGGAUCAGACAAGUAACCCUCUGAUUGUGAAUAUUGGAGGCAGAGACGUUGGCUGUGGAAGACUGUGGUGUGAGGAGUCUCUCUCGUCUUUUAUCAGGGUGGACUCUGGUGGCUGAUUGUAUCUCUCUGUUGAUCGCCUGUCUGACUAUCUCUGUGGAGGGGAGAUAUGGAAGAGAUGUGGAGAGACGAGAUAAGAGAACAGAGAAGUGAGAGUGAGGGAGAGGAGAGAGAGGAGAUAGAGGAAGAUAGUAGUAGGAGAUAGAGGGGUCCGUAUGUAAGUAUUGAGGAUGGAUAUAUCUGUAGAGAUAGGGAGGAUCUAUAUCUCUCUCUCUCUAGCUCUUCUCGUCGGAUCUAUCUUAUAGAUACUAUAUUUCGUAUAUCUAUCUAUCGUCUCUCUCUUAUCGCGAUAUGCUGAGUCUCUAUGAUAUCCUCUAGCUCUAUAUGAUCUCUCGCCGUUAUCUAUUAUUCUGGCUCUCUCUCUGGAGAUUCUACAUCUCUCGCUCUGUUUAUCAUUUCGCUCUAUCUGUGGCUCUCUCUCUCUCUUAUAUCUCUAUCCAGUCUGAUGUCUAGAUAUGGUAUGGCUCCUAGAGUCUAUAUGGUUAUCGCUAUCUCUCCUGUCUGUAUCCUCUCGAUCUCGCGGAUCGAGGGGGAGAGAGAGGGAGAGAGUGGGGGGGGGGGAGCAGGGAGAGAGAGAGGGGAGAGGGAGAGAGAAUAGAGAGAGCGAUAGAGAGAGAGAGCGAGCAGUAGAGGCGAUGAUGAGAGGAGAGAGACGAGAGAGGAGAGAGAGAGAAGAGAGAGAGAGAGAGAGAGAGAGAGAGGGGGAGAGCGAGAGAGAUAUAUAUAGAUAGAAAGAUAGAGCAUAUAGUAGAAGAGAGAGAUAGAGAGAGAUAUAUCGCGAUAACUGAUCUAUAUCGAUAGGUCAUAUAUAGAUAUAGAGAUAGAUAGGAUAUAUGUACUAGGUAUAUAGAAGUAUACGAGAGAGAGAUGUUUAUAUAGAGAAUAGAGGGUUUAGAUCUAUAUGUAUAGAGAUGAUAUAUCGCUAGAGACGAGAGAAGAGAGAGAGAUAGAUGAUAGCUGCUCUUCUCUCGCUCUUUCUGUCUCUCUUAUCUCUCUCUUCUCUCCUCUCUUCUCUCUCUCUCUGUCUCGCCUCCUAUCUCUCUCUCUCUUCUCUCUCUCUCUAUCUCUUCUUCUAUCUCUCUUCGGUCUCUCGCUAUGGAUGUUCUCUAUAUCUUCUCUCUCUCUCUCUCUUCUCUUCUGUGUUCUUUCUCUGUGUCUCUCUUUCCCCCUAUCUCCCUCAUGUUCUGGCUCACAGAUUAAAAUGCUGCACAAGAGGGAGACAGAGAGACAGACGGACAGAGAGACAGACAGACAGACAGAGAUAAUUAAACUGGGUCUGGGAUCCAUUAUGUUUGGCUGUGUCCAAACCGAACAUAUUCCAUGACAUAUGUGUCUACUUACUUUUACCUGGGUCAUCGCUUUUUAUGGCUUCUGUUCAUUUGCAGUUGCACAGCCUCUAUCAGAAGCCAGGUCAGCUGUCUUCUGUGCUUCUUAUAUUUUCAGGACAUUCUGGUUUCUAGUCAUUUUCUAAUCCCUACAUUUCAUGCAAUCCUAAAAUUCUAAUUUAACUCAACCAUUGUGUGGUUUCAUAUUUAAUAUUUAUUUUUUUCGUAUGUUAAUAUCAGAGCUAUUUAUUCGAGACGUUCUUGAAAGGGAAUUGUAAUUUUUUUAAAAAUCACAAACGAGUUAUGUGACAAUGAAAGUACUAUUACAAAAUAGGAUAUGAUCUUAUGAGCCCUUAGAAGAUGUGAGCCUGAUUUGAUGAUAUUUUCAUUGUCUGUCUGUUGCGGCAGUAUUAAGGUUGGGCCCUGGCUGGGUGUUUGAGAGGCAUGCACAUGUACUGUAUUGUCAACAACUAUGUGACAUGUGUGCCUUUCCCUUGUCCUCUUUCAGGUGA